GGCACAGGUGAGUGGGGCCGUCCCGGGCGAGGGUCGUGCUGGGAAGGGGACGGGGAGGGGACCCCCGCGCCCCCACAUCGUGCGCUCUGCUCUCUCCGCAGCCAUGAAGGCGCCGCUGCUGUUCCUGCUCGCCUGCGCGGCCGUCCUGGCGGUGGGAGCAAGGGCCGACUCGCCCGAGGAGCCGAAGGCGCUGGCGCAGAAGGUGCAGGAGCUGGCCGAGAAAGCCACGGCCAUGGCCAAGGACGCCUUCAGCAGGGUGCGGGAGUCGGAGGCGGCGCAGCAGGCCAGGCAGUGGCUGUCGGACAACGCGGAGCUGGCGAAGCAGCGGCUGCUGUGGCUCAAGGAGCAGCUGGCCGAGCUCCUGAAGAAGACUCCGGCCUCGUAGCCUCGCCAGGGGCUGCCCGGGCUCUGUCGGGGCCGGGCACCCCCGGCUCCCCCCGCUGUCCUGUGCUCUCAAUAAAGCGGGGCUGACGCAAA